UGAGGCAGUGGUCAGGCUUCCAGCUCUUGUCCCAGCCUUGCACGUGGUGCACUGAGGAGGGGUCAUUGGGCCCAGGCAGAGCAGGCCACCUGCUUCACCACACAGGUAUCGAUGUUCAUGACCACCCGCUACAACUCUGUGUUCUGCUUUCUUUUAAAGGCAGGAGGAAAGGCAGGAGCCAGUCCGUGCAGACACACUCGGCACUAAGCCAAAGGCCGCCCAUGCUGAGCUCAUCUGGCCCCAUCUUAGAGAGCCGCCAAACAUUCCUGCAGACGUCCACCUCAGUGCACGAGCUGGCCCAGAGGCUCUCAGAAAGCCGGCUCUCCUUGCACACCUCGGCCACGUCCCUGCACUCUCAGCCCCCGCCUGUCACCACCACAGGCCACCUGGGUGUCCUGCGAGCAGGCCGAGGCACUCAUCAGGUCCAGCCUGGGCUCUUCCACCAGCUCCACCCUGAGCUUCCUCUUCAGCAAGAGGAGCUUUCCCAGCGCGCUCGUCAUUUCCGGACUCUCUGCUGCGGAGGGGGCAAUACCAGUGACACCCAGUCAUCCAGCAGCGUCAACAUCAUGAUGGGCCCCUCGGCCAGGGCUGCCAGCCAGGCCACUUGGCGCGGCUCCGAGCCAUGGGAGCCCACCGACGCCACCAGCAGGGGCAGCUUCGUGACCGACGUCUGGCGGAGGCUGUGGCAGAGACUCUCGGGGUUGUCUGCAGGAGAGCAAACCAGGAGGACAUGGGCCUGGACGACACGGCCUCGCAGCAGG